GUCUGGCAUACCUAAGUAGUUUAUGCUUAACUGAUGGCAAGUCUUCGUCGGUAGUGGAGGAUCAUGGAGGGUUCAGAUGCAUGUUCACCGCUGCACACGAGCUGGGGCACAGCCUCAGUGCUGAGCAUGACGGGAACGAGAACGCGUGCAGUGCCAGUGACCAGUACAUCAUGACAUCAACGUCUUCUUUGGGAUGGCGACCAACAAACUCAACCUCUGGCGCUUCUCCUCCUGCAGCAUCAACUACUUUAACACCUUCAUCAGCAACAAGCUGACCACACCACGAGGUCAGCAGUGCCUAUACAACAACCUGACAUCCAGCAACAUCCCGGACGUGUCCGGCCAGCAGCCAGGACAGGUGUAUGACCACGAUGCCCAGUGCAGACAGACUUAUGGGCCCUCGUCGGUAAUGUGUCGGGGUAUAGAGUUCUACAACAAGUCAGCAGACAUUUGCACCACCAUGUUCUGCAACGACGGGACAACGGGCAAUCGGUGCGCAGCGGCCAUCGCCGCCAGGGGCACUUCCUGCGGGAACAAAAAGUGGUGUGUGAACGGUCAAUGUGUGUACGACAUUCAAGCACCAUCACUGGACGAUAACUGCCCCUUUGGAGACCAACCAGGCCUGGUGUUCAACAACCAGACCUGCGCACAAAUGGUUUCCAGUUACUCUGGUUACUGCUACCAAGAUGUCGUCCUCAGCCGGUGUUGCCGAUCGUGUGCCAACUACUACAUUGGCCUGCAAAAUUGUACAUACGGUGACAAAGCUACUGGCUGCUCCAAAAUUUACUGCUCGACAGCGGACACCGAUUAUCUUUCUUCUUGUUGUGGAACCUGCAAGUACGGCACCCCCAUUACGACCAGCUCAACCACCUCCCCGGACGUCACUUCCUCUUCUUCCUUUUCAACAACGACGACUACAUCAACCGUCAUGACAACAGUCGUUUCAACGACGACGCUUCCAACUACCCCAACUACUUCCACUUCUACUCUACUGCCAACUACAACAACAGCAACAACCAUUCCUUCGACAUCUUCGACAUCUGCUUCAAAAACUACCACAACAGCCACACAGAACCCUGCAGGCGCAGCGACUACGACGGCACUACCAACUUCCCCAACUACAUUGACUUCUACUCUACUGACAACUACAACAACUGCAACAAUUCCUUCGACAUCUGCUUCAAAAACUACUAAAACAGUCACACAAAACCCUGCAGGCGCUGCAACUACGACGACACUACCAACUUCCACAACUACAUUGACUUCUACUCUACUAGCAACUACAACAACAACCAUUCUUUCGACAUCUUCAACCUCUGCUUUAAAAUCUUCCACAACAGUCACGCAGAACCCUGCAGGCGCAGCGACUACGACGACCACGCAGACUGCGGACACCUGUCUGGAUGAAAAGACCUACAGCAGUGUCUGCUCCACCCUCCCUCAGACGCCAUCCGGUGCUACAACAACACCGUUCGGCAACAUUGUUGCGCCACCUGCAACAGUUUGUCGGAAAGCACGGAGACGGGUUGCAAGAGCAGCAAUCAACUAGGGUGCAUCAACGGUGCUCCACCCGUAUAUUCCAGCUCUCUACGGACUGUACAUCUGAUGUGUGUUCUAUGCUUGCUAUGGAACAGCAGCUUUUUACUCCAAAGAUUAUUUUACAGCCUUUGAUACAUGAGUGAAAGCAGAGUGGUGUGUGUGCGCGCGUGCGUGCGUGGGAGUGCAUGCACGUGUGUGUAUGUGGGUGAGGGUGCGUGAUUGUGUGGGAGUGUGUGUGUGUGUGAGUACGUUUGUAUGUGAGUACGUGUGUGAGUGUGUGCGUGCACAUGAACCAAAAUCAAAAGUAUGUUUGUGUUUUCGUUGUAACAAUUUCGCUCCUCAAAAGAAAUCGCAGAAUGAACUCUGUAAUUAUGAACACAUGGAAUGUUCAGUGACCGAGAGAAUGAUGUUCAGUUGAAUGCAAUACAGUGUUUAAAUGUGUUCACUGUCAGAUCACGUUCACACACUUGUGACGUAUACAGCUCAAAAUAAGUCGCAUGUAAUACGGCUUAUACUGUUAAAUAUAAGUGGCGCACACUACCCUGUUGAUAAUGAUUGGCUAGACACAUAUGGAGACAGACUGAUGACAAUCUCUGCUGACAGCAGAUUUUUAUCAUUUUAUCCUUUUGCUAGCCACUGUUGGCAGUAUUUCCUCUGAAAAAUGCUUUUCAUUUUUUGCAAAGCGUGUGUAUUCAUUGUAUUAUAUCGACUAUGUUAUGGAUGACAAUGUGAGCUCAUCUCUUUCUCUCUCCCUCACACGCACACAUGAAUAUGCACACACCCCCUCCCCCAACAUACACAUCCAUACCCCCACACACACAUCUAUAAGCACCGAGAGAGAGAUGGAGGGAGAAGAGGAAGGAGAUGUUGCAAGCGAUGACCACGUGCACAGGGCAAUAAGUGUCAAGAGAAUUCCCACAGCGAGGCUACUCGUGGUUCACCCCUCGCAGACAUGUGUGAGCGGGUCACCACGUGCCCCUGUUUCCUCCUGUCCUUGUUCAGGGGCUGACCCGAGGUUAGUUGCCACCACUGAGCUGCCCGAGGCAUAAUAUUAGCAUUUCUCAGUUAUUGAAUGUGUAGAGCUGAGAAGGUGUUUAUCUUCACACUGUCUGCAGUCUGAUUAUUUUACAGCGCUGUGCUCGAGAUUUCUGUCCUCCACAUCAUUGCAGGUAGUCUGUCUUUUGUAGUUUAGCUGAGUUUGCUAAUUUUUAUGCUAAAUUCAUAGUUAAGCAAGACAUUUUGAAUUCUUCACUUUAUUUAAUGAACAGGUUUGAGAAGUUGAGUUUUUGCACAGAAACAUGUUAGUUGCAUAAUGACAGUUGUUUUUGUCCUUGCGGACUCAGGCUUCCACAAAGCUCGGCAUCCUACUCUCCAUGAGGGACUAGAGAGGACAUGAUCCCCUUGUUGUCCCGAGAACUUCAUGUGUCCUUCUGUUCCCUGUUUUUAUCUGGAUAAAUACAUGAUCUUUCAUUGCGAUUGAUAUAAAUCCGAUUUUUAUGCUCAUUUUUGGAAAACUCACUCAAAUAUAAAACUAUAUUUUUACAGAGAAUAAAUUUUACCAUGUUGUUUUGAA